AUGCCACAUAUCAUCCUUCUAGGGACCCUCGACACCAAGCGGGCAGAAAUCUUAUAUCUCUACAAUCAGCUGCAGAAUGCCACUCGAUUCUCGACGACGCCCUUAGAAAUUACCUUGAUUGAUUGUGGCCGUCAAGCUAUUAGCGAUGAUGUCAUUACCAUAACACAUACCGACCUGCUAGCCAAGUAUGCGCCCGGCGACAGAACCGAGAUAUUGACUCUGCCCCGAGGGCAAGUGAUUGAACUCCUCAUUAGCUGCGUCAGUAGGUGUGUCAGCGAUUUACUGCGAACGACGGAGAUACACGGAAUCAUCGGUGCUGGCGGCAGUGGAGGAACGAGUCUGUUCUCCGCCGUAAUGAGGAAGGCUGCACCCAUUGGCCUGCCCAAACUUAUCGUCAGCACAGUCGCAUCAGGGAAUACAGGACCAGUGGUGGGCGAAUGCGAUAUCACCCUGAUGUACUCAGUCGUGGACAUCGCGGGCACAAAUUGGCUCCUCCGCGAAGUGCUAGGGAAUGCAGCUGGCGCCAUGUUUGGUAUGGCGUCGACAUAUCAACAUAGGCUGAGUGAACGCCGGACUCGAACUCUGCAGGACAAGCAACAAGGAGAGAAGAAGGUUCGAGUCGGCAUUACUAUGUUCGGCGUGACAACCCCGUGUGUGGAUCAUGUGAGACGUCACUUGGAAGACAACUAUUCUGUAGAGGUCUACGUGUUUCAUGCAACUGGUCAUGGGGGAAAGGCUAUGGAACGAUUGGUGGAAGAAGGCCGUCUAGAUGCCAUCUUGGAUAUCACAACGACCGAAAUCUGCGAUCUCAUUGCCGGCGGGACUAUGAGUUGCGAAACCAGCCGCCUGGAGAUGACACUUAAGCGCGGAAUACCAAAUAUCAUUUCCGUUGGAGCUACGGAUAUGGUCAAUUUUGGUCCGGUCAACACAGUGCCAGACCAAUACCGCGACCGCAAACUGUUUGUACAUAAUCCGAAUGUGACUUUAAUGCGAACAUCUGCGGCCGAAUGUCGGAAAGUCGGGGAGUUCAUGCUGGCCAAACUAGACCGGUUUGCCCAGGACCCAGGUAUGGUUGAGGUGUGGCUUCCUGGGGGCGGAGUGAGUAGCAUUGGGACAGUAGGCUCUGCAUUUGCAGAUGCUGACGCCGAUGCCGCCCUUGCUGAUACUCUACGCUCCGGGCUAAAGGACAGCAAAAUCAGAGUGGUAUCGGAUGAGCGAGAUAUAAAUGAUGAUGGAUUUGCAAUUGACAUUGCGGAUCGGCUUAUGGCCCUGGUGGCGAAGCACUCUUGCAGUGCCAUAGCGAGCUAG